AUGAAUGAAAAACCAAAUCAUGCUAAUCUACGACAAAUUCCAAUUAAAUCAAUUCCUGACAAAGAGGACAAACCUUUCCGAAAUCUGGCUCCAGAUUCAGAUCCCAUAAAUAAUCCGCAAGGCGAAGAUGAAGCUAUUAAUAGUAAUUUACAAAAAAAAAUAAAUGAUGAUGAGAUUAAUGACAUUUCUUCUUCCUCUUUGGAAUCAACUUCUAGUUCACUAAAAAAUUAUACCCAAUUAUCUAAAACAAGAGUAUUCGAUGUUUUUACUCAAGAUGUCAAAAAUAUAGAUUCAAAUUCUGAUGACACUAAUUCAUUACAAAAAUCGAAUGAUUCUAAAUUCGAUGAAAUUCAGGAUUUAGAUAUUUUCCAACUAGAUGAACUUAUUAAUAACAAAAUUAAAGAGGAUUUUUUAAAGAAACUUAGGAAGAAUAAUAACAAUAAUAAUUAUAAUAAUAAGUCUAUUGAAGAUGCUAAAAAUAUAGAAAAUUUAAGAGAUACUGAUAACAUUAAAAGUAAUAAUCAAUCAGAUCAUACUAAUAUAAACCUGAUAAAUUCAGGAUCUGGGAAACUUCUUAAUGAAGAUACUCUUUCCAAAAAAUACCCAAUUAAUAAAUUAUCAAAUUCAAUCCUUGAGAGAGGCACAAAGCCAAUACCGUUAAAUCAAUUAUCAUUAACUUCUAAAAUUUCUCAAGCGAGAACUGUUUUAGAUAAACCUAUCAUAUCAAAUACCCCAUUAACGUCAACACAAUCAAAUAUACCAACCAAUUCGAAUACAAGCUCAAUUUCAAACCCUGAACCUAUAGAUACAAAAAAUAUUUCAAAUACACAAAAUAAAUCUUCAAAUACCCCAUCUUCAUUAACACCACAAACCGGUAAAAGUCACGAUAAUGAUAAAUGGACAGCAGAAGUGGAAAAUGCAUUUGUGGAAUCAUUACAUUUAAUUAUUAAAAAUGGCCCAAAUAAAAUUAAAGUUUUAAAUAAAGGUUAUGGAAGAAACGAAUUAAUUUCCAUGUAUAUCUUGGAUAAAUCUGGAGAAUUAAGAACUAAAAAACAAAUAUCUUCGCAUAUUCAAGUUUGGAAAAAGGCAAUAUUAAAUAAAAUUUCAUGUAAUGAAGAUUUAGAAGUACAAGAAAAGGAAAUAAAUAAAUUAAUUGAGAAUGGUGCAGAACAAAAUGAAGAAAAUAUUAAAAAAUUCAAUACUAUUUUCGAAGAAAUUUUACGUAAACAUAAUUACCGUGAAAAUUCAAUAGAUAGCAGCAAUUCCUUAUCAAAUUCUUUAAGUUCUUUACAUUCAGAUAAAUCAAACUUCGAUAAUUCAGAUAGUCUUUAUCAAGAACUUCCAAAGAGAUAUGAAUCUCCUCAAUUAGAAUAUGCAAAAACAAUAUACCAACAAGUUGAUAAUCUUAAAUGUGUUCCAAUUACAUACCCAUCUUUAGAAUCCCAAGAUAUCACAGAGGAGGAAAAAUUGGCAAUAAAUAAAAUAUUACAAGAUGCUGAAACUUUGAAGAGACAACAACGACUUUUAAUAGAUAAAAACUGGAAUGAAUCAAAAUUAUUAUUAAAUCAGAAUAAUGCAAACACUAUAAGAGAAUUUAGCGGAGAACAAACUAUUGAUACUUCGUCAAACUCUAAAAAUUUAAGAAAACAAAUCGAUAUUAAUUUAGAAGAAAAUCAUAGCUCAACAGUCAAUGAAAGAAAUGAACAAAAAUUUCAAAAUACAGAAUCCAACGAAUCUUUACUUCAAAACAAACAUAAUACUAUCAAUAUUUCUAAUCAAAUACCGUUUAACAAAGGUUUUGCAAAACCACCAAUGGGGAUAACCCCAACUUGGGGCAUGUUCCCUCCCUAUGGUCCAGGCUUAGGAUACUCCCCAACUCAUUUUCAAAGUCCUACAGUAAUGAGAUAUCCGAUUAAUAACCAACAAAAUAGAUCAUUUGUCGAUUUUCAAACUCAAUAUAAUCGUGUAAAUCCAAAUUAUUACUCUCCAUUAAACACAAAUUUUCAAAGAUAUUCAAACUCCCCCAGUUCUAGAACAGGAAGAACUUCCCCAUUUAAUGUAAAUUUAAAUAUGGAGUCAAAUUUAAGAGAUGCCUCAUAUCAUGAGUCAUCAAAUUUACAAGAUAACUCUACAACUGAACACCAAACAUUCAGACAAGGUUUAACAAGUAGACCAGACCAAAAUAAAAAUUCUAUAUCUUCUUCAUCAUAUGAAAAUAUAGAAUCAAGUAUAGAGGAUAAUGACAAAUAG